AGAGAGAGAGAGAGUCUUUCCUCGCCAACAGCGCGUCAUUUUUAGCUUCAGAGCGGGUUGGAUGUCUGGACGUGAGUUCAGAACGGAGCAGACCAUAGCCGGUGUCUCUGAAUGUGUUUACCCGUCAACUAGCUAUCUGUCGGAGGGGAACACUUCUCAGGAGGCGGGGGAAGCCGGUGAAGGUGUAUGUGGAGGGCGUGGAGGAGAUGGUUCCUACAGCAGGAUGGACCGGGUUCGUGUCCCGCUGCUGUCUGCUCUUAACCCUGUGCGUGUCUGCAGAGGUCACUGAAGGUGGACACUUGGAUAUUGUGCAGAGUGCAGUUCACCUCUACUGUUCAGAAGGAUUUACAGAACUGGGCUACUAUAACGGCUCCGUUUCCCACACGGACUCAGGCUCUGCCUGCCUGAAGUGGACAGACUUCCCAGACUACAUGCGGCAGUACCCGGGCCGAGGCCUGGGGGACCACAGCUUCUGCCGAAACCCAGACCGAGAGGUCAACCCCUGGUGCUUCAUCAGGCAGAGCUCCGGUGCCAUUGGCUGGGCCUACUGCGACUGCCAUCAGGGUGCAGCCAGAUUGGCAGGGGGGUCAUCAGGCAACAGCGGGCGUCUGGAGGUCUAUCUGAAUGGCCAGUGGGGGACAGUAUGUGACACACACUGGACCGACCGUGAUGCCAGCGUCAUAUGCAGACAGCUCGGACUGGGUGAGUUCGGGACAGCCCUGCAGCAUUCUUACUUCGGCCCGGGUUCUGUCUUCCACUAUGAGCGUCUGGGUUGCCGUGGAAAUGAGAAUUCCCUACUUGAGUGUCGGAGCAGGAAGUUUGUGACCAGCGAUUGCAACCAUGGCAAUGAGGCAGGGCUGGUUUGUGCUGAACCUGAAGGUACUGGCAUCCCCCUGAGGCUGGUGGGAGGCCUGGAGGACUUUGAGGGCCGUGUCGAGGUGUACCGUGACAGCCAGUGGGGAACCAUUUGUGAUGACCGGUGGGAUGACACUGAUGCUGAGGUGGUGUGCCGACAGUUGGGCCUGGGGGGCGUGGCCAAGGCAUGGACAUGGGCCCACUUCGGCCAGGGUGUUGGUCCCAUCUUCCUGGAUGGGGUUCAGUGUUCAGGCAAUGAACUCUCUCUAGAGGAGUGUCCUCAUAACAUCUGGGAGCAACACAACUGUGACCACAUGGAGGACGCAGGAGUGUCUUGCAACCCAUACACAGCAGACGGUGCAGUUCGUCUGAUGGGAGCAGACAGUCACUGGGAGGGCCGCGUGGAGAUUUACCACCAGGGAGAAUGGGGCACUGUGUGUGACGACAACUGGACUGAGCUCAACGCCCAGGUAGUGUGUAGACAGCUGGGCUUCAGGGGUCGAGCGAAGGUGGCUCCUGACGGGGUGUAUGAAGGUCGCGGGCUGAUCCUGCUGGACGAGGUGCAGUGUCGGGGAACAGAGGCCAAUUUACUGGCCUGCAGCCACUCUGAGUUCGGCCAACAUGACUGCUCCCACAGUGAGGAUGUAGGUGUCCUCUGUGAGGGGGGAGCUGAUACCAAUGAGAUACCAGGCCUUCUGACUCCUAUUGGCCCUCUGGUGCGUUUGGUUGCUGGAGAGAGCAGGAAGGAGGGCAGAGUGGAGGUCUUCAUUAACGGCCAGUGGGGAAGCGUGUGUGAUGAUGACUGGAAUGAUGUCAAUGCAGCUGUGGUUUGCCGACAGCUGGGAUUCACCGGUGUGGCUAAAGCUCGAUCCAUGGCGUACUUUGGGGAGGGUCAAGGUCCCAUCCAUCUGGACAACGUCCGAUGCUCGGGCACUGAGGUGUCCUUAGGCCAAUGUCCGGCUGUGGGUCAAGACAGUCAGGACUGUCGCCACAGUGAGGAUGCAGGCGUCAUCUGUGACUACACUCUGGAUCCCGUGGGAGAUGCUGCUGUGGCAAUGCAGACCUGUGGCACGAGACGCAAUAACCAGCGCCGCCGACGCCGGAUCAUAGGAGGAGAUAAGUCACUGAGGGGUGAGUGGCCCUGGCAGGUGUCUCUGUGGCUCAGGUCUCAGUCUAAAGGAAGUCAUCCUCUGUGUGGAGCGUCACUCAUCAACCCCUGCUGGGUUGUGACCGCCGCCCACUGCUUCAAGAGGUUUGGCAGAGACCCAACCCGCUACCUGUUGCGCUUGGGUGACUACCAUACUGAGGAGCAGGAUGACUUUGAACGCACCCUGUCACCCGAACGCAUCGUUAUCCACAGGAAAUACCACAGUCAGGGCUGGGAGUAUGACAUCGCCCUGCUGCGGCUCAAAGGCACAGAGGGCAACUGUGUUGCAUUCAACCCUCACACUGGCGCCGUGUGUCUGCCAGAGCCGGGUAACAAGUGGGAGAAGAAGCCGGCUGCCUGUGUGAUCACUGGCUGGGGCAUCACAGACUCAGAGUACUCCCGGACGCUGCUCCAGGCCUGGGUCCCCCUGCUCCCAGCCUGGAAGUGUAAGAGGCGUUACAAUGACCGCUUCACCAGCCGCAUGCUGUGUGCUGGCAGCCUGUCGGAGCGCCACCGUGUGGACAGUUGCCAGGGUGACAGUGGGGGUCCGCUGGUUUGCCAAGGGGAAGGGGGCCGUUGGGUACUGACAGGAGUCAUCUCCUGGGGUCACGGCUGUGGUAACCCCUCAUUCCCUGGAGUGUACACACGUGUUAGCAGGUUUCUGAGAUGGAUUGACAAGGUCAUCAACAAGCCCUUCAAAACCUGAUGAUGGAGAAUAAAACCGUUUUUUACAUUUUCCUGUGAGUUCACCUCAUCAGUAAAGUUCACACUUCUCUUUACUGACUCGCAGCUCAGAGCAACAGGAUCAAGUGUAGGACCAACAGAAACACUUUGUCACUCAGAACACGAUGACCUACACAAACACUAACAAGUAGCAUCACAACAUGUAUCACUGUUGUAGUGAAGCGUCAUUUAUAUAUACAUUUAUGUAAAUUAUUCAGCAUAAACCAAGACUCCACUACAACGAAAAUAUGGACGCUUGUUUAUUGCAUGACUUGGGCUUCUUCACAGUAUGUGUCACAGAUGCUCUAAUAUGCUUCAAUUAGCUGCUUUGUAUACGUAAUAAUAAUUCCAUUUUAUUAAUAAUUAUUCAUAGUAAUUCCAAGUGCAGAAAAUUAAACUAAUUAAUUCCAAUAUUUCAAUACAACAUUUUACAUAUUCAGUUAGUAUAGGACAGCCACAGAUGUAGAAAUACCAGCCUGCUCUCCUAAAAUAUACGUUCCCAUACAACUGGAAGGAGGCCGUCAAGCUGACACAGCAGACAGGUACCACAUGGCCAGAAGGGCUUCAGCUUCAAAACAAACUGGAUCAUCAGUUACAUUUGGGGAGAAUGUUUUUUCUGUUUGUUUCUGACGUUUUGUUUUUGAUCACAAAUACGUUUAAUCAAAGUCCAGAUACAUUCACACAGAGAGGAGGUUGUGUGAAUGGGUCAAAUACAGGACUUUCACCCAGUAGACUUAUGUUCAUAUCC